ACGUGAAGAAACUAGCCUAUUGUAAUGCAAAAAAGUCAUUAGAUCAUUCCAGUAACACGCUCACGGUAACCCUAGCAAGUUCAUAGAACAACAUUGCUGAAACUAGUUUCAAUAUAAAUUUCACCUUGUUAUCUACACUAUGCAAUGUUAGCAUAGUUCAAGAAGAUGUUCGCCAAUCAGCUAACUGAAAAUUUAAACAAACUUCGAUGUGAAGGCGUUCUCUGUGAUAUUGUCAUCAAAUGUGGGAACGAGAGUUUUAAUGCACACCGAGCAGUGUUAGCAGCCUCUUGUGAGUAUUUCAGAGUCUUGUUUACAACAUCAAUGCAAGAAAAGACUAGCAAUUUAGUUAAUCUUGACGUCCCAYCAUCUAUUGCUGGCGAAAUGCUCUCAUUUCUYUAUACAGGGAGGGUUGAUUUGAACGAUGAUAAUGYCCGAGAACUUCUCGUUGCAGCGGAUUAUUUUAUGAUAGAAGAACUGAAGCAACAGUGCGAGGAUUUUAUUCUAAAACACUUGCUCUGCGUUGRCACUUGUUUGCUGUACUAYUCCAUUGCAAAGGAAUACAACUGCAAAAGAUUAGAAWUAACCUCUCAGAACCUCGUGCUGAACAAUUUUAAAAUUGUGAUUGAGCAAGAGGAAUAUACACAUCUCAGCUUUCGACAUAUUCAUGAUAUUAUUAGUAGUGAUGAUUUAUUUGUAGAUAGCGAACAAGAUGUGUAUGAAGGGAUUAUUUCUUGGRUUACUACAGCUAAGGAGAGAACAGAGUUCUUUGAAGAGUUAUUCAAAGAAGUUCGUUUGUGUUCUGUUCCURUUGAGUWCAUCACAGGUACAAUUGCGAAACACCCGCUAGUCAAGCAAAACGAUGCUUGCAUGUCUCUUGUUUUUAAACGAAUAGGUUCAGCGUUAAUGGAAAAUGAUCGCCAACAAGAUUUAAAAGUUCAACCACGAAAAUGCUUGCAAACCAAAGAGGUAGCCAUCGUUUGCCUCGGUGGAAUAGCUAAUGGUAAAACUUCGAAAGAAACUCUAGUUUAUAYCCCCCACAWAGAUACGGUGARSAAACUAGACGAUAUGUCUGUUGGGAGAGACGAGCAUACUGUAGUAGUUGGMAAUAAUGUUCUGUACGUCAUCGGUGGUGUACAAUGUCCGAAAGGCAUCGAAUGUUAUAACCCGGCGAUUAAUGCUUGGUGCUCUAUGGCCUCCCUACCCGAGAGAUCUAUAGGAUCCACUGCAGUUUACAUCGAUGGCMAAAUCUACAUAAUGGGUGGAAGGGAUGGUUUCGAGUGCGUCUCGACUGUACAAUGCUACAAUAUUGMAWAUCAAUCAGUGGAAAUAUUACCAAGUUUGACUUUUCCUCGAAAAGCCGCGAACGCUGUUUACCUAAAUGACGGUAUAUACCUGAUUGGAGGUUGUACGUAUGACAACGAUGCCUUGGAUACAACUGAAAGAAUGAUGGUAGGAAAUGAAAGAAAAUGGGAAAGGAAAGCKYCACUUUCACACCGUCGUAAAUAUUCAUGUGCGGGCGUAAUUGCUAGCGGGAAGAUAUUGGUCGCUGGCGGGUUUSAAGAUAGUAAUCCCAUUGCUCUARGCACAUGCGAACUUUACGACCCAGUGUUGGACACAUGGAACGAGAUAUGCAGUCUUGAUGUGCAUCGUGGCGCUGCAGCUAUGGGGUUUGUAGGAAAUCAUGUUUAUAUUUUAGGUGGGCGAAGUGAUCGUCGAAGCACUGACGCAAUAGAAUAYUACGACGAAGAAAUUGACAAGUGGAGCCUGUCAGAMACACGUUUACCAAGSCCAUGUGCAUGGCUGCAAUGUGGAGUUCUAACAUUCACAAAGUGAUUGGCUUCACGUGUCCG